ACUACAACUGAAAUAACAUCACAAAACACCAGUGCAACCACAGCUGCAAUGACGUCACAGAGUACCAGUGCAACUACAGCUGCGACGACAUCACAGAGCACCAGUGCAACUACAGCUGCAACGACGUCACAGAGCACCAGUGGAACUACAGCUGCAACAACAACAUCACAGAGCACCAGUGGAACUACAGCUGCAACAACAUCACAGAGCACCAGUGCAACUACAGCUGCAACAACAACGUCACAGAGCACCAGUGUAACUAACACUGCAACAACAACGCUGCGAACCCCUAUUGCAAACACUGUUACACUUGUGAUCAAUAGCCCGGCAGCCUUUCCACCCGACAGCAGCGUGACCCCAUUGAGGCCUGUCCGGCCACCACCAAAUACAAACAACCCGCGAGUAAUCCGUGAAGUUAGUGGCACCGUGACACAAAGCAGUGAGAUCAGUAACCGCAGAAUAGCCGACCUAUAUCAAGGAAUAGAAGUGUCAUGCAACAUAAAAACUGCAAUAAGAAACACCACCUGUACUGUGACGCUGAGUCUGAGUCGGAGAGUUCCUCCAUGUUGUAUCCUCCGUGUUCUCUGUGCAGCCAGUAAAAACUCCACCGACAUCCACGUGGUGGGAAACAGGAUCGAUAGAAUAAAUCAAUUUCGGAAUGAGUGCAACAUCAACCCAGAAGAGGCGAACAGUUGCGUUUAUCACGGCCAAACCAAUACAUCAUGCAUAGAGUCUGAAGAUGCAUAUGUGGUUCCACAUAGCAACUCAACUACUUGUGGUGCAGGCAACAGGAACUGCAGCUGCUCUGCUUACUGCAACGGAUCCGAUGCAUACUACACUUUUCAAAUUUCAACACGAGAUCCCAACAUGAACUCUUCAUAUGUCUCCUCUGUGAUUUCUGAGGUGAAACAGCCGCCACCGUGCCUGUCGAUAGAAGAUUUUUCGUGUCCAGUGCCCAUCAUUGCAUCCGAAUACAAGAAUGUCAGUGUUGCCUGUAGAAUGAUAGCAGAAAGUGUUCAAAGCUGCAGAGUGAUUUUGAGAUUUGCCCGUGAGGUUCCUAUCUGCGCUGUGGCAACAGCUGUGAAGAAUGUGCUUCAGUCUGAGAGACAAAUCCUUUUUGAUGGGCGAGUAAUCCGAGCAGCGCUUUGUGGGAAUUUAGAGGCAGGCAACGAUCCGCUGCAAUCCCAGUUCACUGGUUCACUGGUUGCCAUUAACCUGACCCCUGCUCACUUUUGUACAGCGAUAGAAGAGAGUAACGUCCUCAGCUGUCAAAGUGGAAAAAAUGUGCUGGUGCUGCUGCGGGAACGGUGUGUUGUCCCGGUUGGGUUUACCACAAUCAGCCCAAAUGUGACAACCAUACAACCAAACAGCACCACACUGUCUGCAAAUACAACUUCAUCCCCAAUGAACACAACAACAGCACAACAGAACACAACAGAAGCCCUGAACACCACCACCACGGCUGCUAAUGUCACACUGACAACAACACUCAACUCCACUACGAGCACCACCAAUGAUUCUACUUCUGUGACCCCAUCGGAGACUCCAACAACCACUGAAACAGACGCUGAAGGCCAAGCCAACGCCCUGCUUGAGCUGACCAGAAACGUGUCCCAGCUGAACUCUAGUCAGGUGGAUCAGCUGGUUUCUCAGCUGGAGGGUCUUUUGUCGGGUCCAAAUGUGAGCCUGGGGCUGGGAAACACCUCUGUCAACAUCGUCAGCAAUCUGCUGGAUGCUACACCAGAGACGCUGUCGAGCUCCUCCAACAGGAUUAUAGGGAUUGUUGACACAGUGGGGUUAAAGCUGGUUAUUGGAGAAAAUGCUGAGACUCUGCUGUCCCCAUCUGUGGCUCUGUCUGUGAACCCAGCAGAUGGCGCUAACUUUCAGGAAACUGUUUUCUCCAUCUCAGACCCCACCAACGUACAGGUCGGUGGGGCUACUAACCUGAGGAGGAAGAGGAGUGUGAGAACAGACUCCUCCAUCCCUCAGGGCUCCAUCAGGCUGCCUCCCUCCCUCACCCAGAACCUGACCUCCGAGGAACAGCAGCUGAUCUCCAGAGUCCAGUUCAAUUUCUACCAGAGGAGCACAGUCUUCCAGGACCAAUCCUUGGGAGAUCGCAGACUGAACAGUGGGAUCCUGGGAGCAAGUGUGGCCAACCUGACAAUCACAGGACUGCAAGAAAAUGUGACAAUUCGCCUAAGAAACACAGAGCCUAUUCCAGCGAACUUUGUGGCAACGUGUGUUUUCUGGGACUUUACAUUCAAUAAUAAUUCAGGUGGUUGGAAUUCAGAUGGAUGUUUUGUCCAAAACAGCACAGACAAUGAGACGGUUUGUGGCUGCAACCAUUUAACCAGUUUUGCUAUCCUGCUGGACCUCUCCAGACAGCCUCUGACCAGCCGUGUCCAGGCCACCAUCCUCACCUUCAUCACGUAUAUCGGCUGUGGAGUCUCUGCCAUCUUCCUGUCCGUCACCCUCCUCACCUACUUGGCCUUUGGGAAGCUUCGUAAGGACAUUCCAUCUAAAAUCCUGAUCCAGCUGUGCCUGGCCCUGCUGUUGCUGAACCUGGUCUUCCUGGUGGACGCGUGGCUGGCUCUCUAUCCAGACUCUGUGGGCCUUUGCAUUUCCACCGCCUGGUUCCUUCACUACUUCCUGCUGGUUGCCUUCACCUGGAUGGGACUCGAGGCCGUCCACAUGUACUUGGCUCUGGUCAAAGUCUUCAACAGCUACAUAUCGCGCUACAUGCUGAAGUUCUCGCUGGUCGGUUGGGGCGUCCCGAUGAUCGUGGUCAUUAUUGUCAUUGCGAUUGACAAAGAUAACUACGGUCUUGUCUCCUAUGGAAGGUUUACUGAUGGCACGACUGAUGAAUUCUGCUGGCUGAAGAAUGACAUCGCCUUCUACGUGGCCGUCGUGGCCUAUUUCUGUGUCAUUUUUCUCUUCAACUUCGUCAUGUUCAUCGUCGUGUUGGUCCAGCUGUGCCGGAUAAAACGGCAAAACCCUCACAAUGUUCAGCACCGAACCACACUGCAGGAUGUGCGCAGUAUGGCGGGGAUAACCAUCCUCCUGGGCCUCACCUGGGGCUUCGCCUUUUUUGCUUGGGGGCCAGUUAACCUGGCUUUCAUGUACCUAUUUGCCAUCUUUAACUCCUUACAAGGUUUCUUCAUAUUUGUCUUCCACUGUGCGGUGAAGGAAAGUGUGAGGAGGCAGUGGAGGACCUACCUGUGCUGUGGCAAGAUGAGACUAGCAGAGAACUCGGAAUGGAGUCGCACUGCGACACAGAAGACUGUGAAGAAAUCGUCCCUGACCAAACUAACAUCUCUUCAUUCCUCAAACUCCUCAAAUUCCAACAACUACAACAACUCAACCAGCUCCUCUACUUUCCUCGUCAGCGAGUCUUCAGAGCCGAGUCACGGCGUCGUGAGCCCAUUUGACGACAGAGUAAUCACAGGAGAUGAAGAUCCCAGUAUGGACGUGAUCCUCAACGAGAUCAACAGCCAGUACAGAAACCCACAACCGUCCUGAUGCAAAUACGACUGAACCAGUCUAUUUACCAGCACUUAUUUGUAAAUACUUGUAUAACUGUGUAAUUUAUGUAUCGCCUCUGUGCACGUAGCAUGUACUGUAUCAGCUAAAUGUUUUGUAAUGGGACAGUAGAAAUCCUACAUUCCACAUGAAACUUGAUUUUUAUAUUCUACCUUUAUCCUUUUAUUAAUUGUACCUUUACAACCAACCUGGACAAUCGUUAUUGUUUGAACAGAGAUGUUAUCUUUAUAGGUUUUUAUACUCCAAAGGUAAAUUGUAUGCACUGAUGUUUAUCAAGUUGGUGAAAGUCCAGUCCGAUAUGUUAGAUUAGAGACAUGGUUAAACCCAAUGUAUGCUGCACAUAAAUCUACAUUUCUAAGAGCAGAUUUUGAGCUAAUAAAACUGACUUUUUUGUUUUUAGCAGUGUUAAAAUUUCUUCAUGUUUCGAUGGACUACAGCAGGCAAAUGCUGCAAAUACAAAACAGCUCAAUAAAUACCUCAACCACAAAAGGAAGAACUAUUUAACAGUGCUUUCAAGUAAAAAAAACUACACAUGAAGGGCCAAAUAUUAGAUUUUGUUUUGCUAAAGUUUUGAAGACAGAAGUGUUGCAAGGAAUUAUCCUAUAAAUCAUAGUUUAUAGAAGCAACAGUCUCGUGCUUGGCGUGUUUUAGUCUCAGCUAAGGUCUACUGGUUUAUCCUAAGAUACAUAUUAAUUUCUGUUAAACAGCAAUGAAUCCAAUACUUUCAAUUUUUAAGACAUGAUGAAAAAAGAUUUUGACCGUCCCGCCUGUUAUUUUUGGAAGUCUGUUGUACCGGUUGGCACUUUAAAUAUUAAGUCCUCAAUAAACGUGUCCAUCCAUGUAUCAAUAAAGCAUUUUUUGUUAUUAAAAU